UGCCAGAGGAGAUGUGGGCGAUGCCGAGUUUUUGCGCUCUCUGCCUAAUCAGUCUAUUCGCCGUCUCUGCGGCAUGCUACAUCUCAAACUGUCCCAUCGGUGGGAAAAGGGCAGCGAUUGACUACAAGAGGUGUCUCUCUUGUGGGCCUGGUGGUCGAGGGCACUGCUUUGGCCCCAGUAUCUGCUGUGGUGAAGAACUGGGCUGUUACAUUGGCACCUCGGAAACACUGAUUUGUCAAGAGGAAAAUUAUUUGCCUAUUCCAUGUGAAUCUGUAGGGAAGACAUGCUGGUUCGAAGAGGAGGAGGGACACUGUGCAGCUCCUGGUAUCUGUUGUAGUGAAGCAACCUGCCGUGUGGACUCUUCCUGCUUCGAGGAACCAUGGCCCAGCACAGGGUCACCUAUUCUGAUCACUGAAGAUCCACUCAGAUCAGGAAAGCUGCUCCUCAGAUUACUGAAGUUGACAGACAGACGUGGAUCUUAGAUGUUCUGCCACAUUAUCCAUCAAUUCUAUGUAAUGUGUGUGUUUUCGUUGUAUUUUACUCCAUUUUAUUUUACAAACAUUCUGUGUUUAACAAUUUAAAAAAUGAUUGUGUUAACAAUACAUUCAUGUUGGCGUUUAUGCAUUCCUGGAGGUUGUUGCAUACUGUUUUUGUGCAAAAAAAUGUGUUAGUAGUAAAAAUGAUCAAAAUAUUAAUAGUACAAUGAUUAAAAAUAUCGAUCCUUCACAGGCCAAUGGAUAAGUAUUAUCUGAGAGUCUGAAGUUAAAAAUUCAAAUAUCAACAUAAAGGAUUGCCUGGUAGACAUGUGGAAUUGAGAAGAGGUCCAGGUGUUGAGGUUACUGCUGUAGACCUUUUGGUUGGUAUGAUAAUACAAUAUUAUCAAGUUACCUGAAUUGUAUUAACAUGUAUGAAAAAAAGUUUGUGCUUUGUUUUUCACAAAAAUAUUUCUUCCUAUACACUGGCCGACCAUGUCCUCUUUAUUUUUAUUUAUUUAUUUUUUUAAUCUUUUAUUGAAUUUAUUAAAAGCAUAUAACAUU